AUAUAGGUCAGUUCACAAGUGGAAUAGCUAGAGACAACUCUUGAACAAAAUUGCAAUAGCUAACUUCCGGCUUUAUUAGAAAGAUAAUAGAAUAAUAGAAAAUCUCUAGCGAACAUAGAAAAAUAGGAAAAGGAUGCAAUGUAAAAAUUCUGGUUAAAUAUCAUUAAUCAUUUAUUUGGAUACUUUCUUUUCAUACAUCUUUUUCGCCUUUAUUAUUCAUCGUUAUGGCAGAAGCUAAGGACGAUGAACCAACGUUUCCCCGAAAAGGAAAAGUUCAAGAAGUGCGGAAACAAUGGGCUGUACACGAGGAUGGUGCACUAGCUUAUCAAAUACAGAAUGAAGAAAUUGAUCAACAUUAUGGCAUGAAUCGCUAUAACCGGCGCCUUGUUCGUGAGGACAUUCCUGUAGCAAAAAUAGUUCAAUCUGAGGAAGAAAUUUUGAGACAGCAGGAAAGAUUGAAAGAACUGGCAAUACUUAAAGCAAUGGCUGAAGAAGAUGAGAAAGUUGCCAAGAGGAUAGCGGAGCAACUCAAACAUGAAAAAGCUAAGCCUGAAGCUAAUGCUGCUUUAGAUGAUGAGGAGCUUGCUAGACAGUUACAGGAAAAGGAGAAGAAAAGAUACGAGCGCCACCUUGAGAGGAAAAGGGAGAAAAAAUUGAAACAGGAAAGACAACUGCUAGAAGAGCAGCUAGCUAGAGACACUGAAGCAGCUAGAUUAGCAUUAAGUUCAGAUGGUGCCAGUGAGCGUCUUACUGAGAGCGUUGAAAACCUGAAUGGAGUGUCUAGGUAUAGGGCCAGAGUGACUCCCUCAGGUCGGAUUGAAGAUGACGGAGACUUUAGUGAUUUUUACAAUUUACCAGAUGAAAUGGAUGAAUUUACCAGGCUAGAAAUACAAGCCAGUCAAGAUGAGGAGUUGGCUCGGCUGCUGCAAGAACAAGAACAUAAGCGCUCCAAGGCGGAGGUAGAUCAAGACAAACUGAGACAAAUAGAACAGCAGGAUGAACAGCUGGCUCGGGUGAUGCAGGAGCAGGAGAAGCUGCGGCUGAAGAAAGCUAAAGUUAAGCACCAGCAAAAGAAAGAAGCACAGAGAAAACAAGCUGCUGAGUCAUUACCUCUUGGAGCAUCUGCUAACACCUUACACUUACAGCAACUCUCAGACUCUCCACCACCUCCUAACACUACGAGUGGCAGUGGACAUAAUCGCUACAGACGCAACAGCUACACUCAAGCCUUUGACUCGCCUCCAUCUCCACCCCACUCUCAACCUCCGGCCAGAUCUGCUUCUGACAAAAGUAGUCAAGUACAUUCACAAGGCAGGGAUGCUGUCUCCAGCCAUGGUACAUCUUCAGCACUGGGCUCUGUGCACAAUCAGCAAUAUUCAAAAGCCCAGCAUCAAAUGGCUCCACCUUUGGUGUCACCAAUGUCCAGUCCCCGCUCCGCAUAUAUUGGACCAGGUGGUGGUGGAAUGUCCACCUUGGAGUCUGCAAGAAGGAUAGCAGCAGGGGACCACGAAAGGAUCCUAGCUCUUCAAAACUCUUCUGUGCAACAGCAGCUGAAUGUAUUGCCUGCCAGAAACGCAACUUUACAGGAAAGGUCUGGCUCAGCCAAUACAAUGGAUAUAAUUAGAGCCCAUGGUCAGCAGAGCAACUCAUCACGCAAUGGCAGCAGGGGCACUGAAAGUAGGUCCCAUCUCCAUAGUUCUGGAAAAAUCAGUCCCGAUGUGUACAGCCACCAGCAUCAACACAAUGCUCCUCAUGGAGAGGAGUUAAGAAGCUCAGAGAGUGCUGAGGUCCUCAAGUGGUUGGGGUCUCAAGAAGAGGAAGAGGAAGCCUUUCGCAGACAGCAACACCAGAUUGGAAGGUCAGCAUCUGGAAGUUAUUACACAGAUGAAGAGGAAAGCCCGCCACAUGUCUCUUACCCCAAUGGCUCAGCGGGGUUUAACAUCGCCGCUGCCAUUGAUCCCACCUACCAGCGUCGACACCCGGAGGCUGCCCUGGGAGAGGAGGCCCACAGGCUGAAGUCUCACGUCCCCUUUUCGCUGUCACUGCCUCAAGCUGAUGGAGAGCUGGAAUGGGAUCCAGGGCUAAGGGGAAGCCUAAGAAAAACUAAAGCCCCAAUACAUAGUUACCAAGAUUCUUCUGGGCUGUUGAGUCAGCCUAAAGUGGUUGUUGCUGGUGGUGAGCCUGUCAUGUCAGUCUGGCAGCCAGUGCAAGGACAGCGUCGCGGUGAACUCAAGUCACGCAACAAAGCAAGGAAACAGAACUCUGCAGGCAGUGACAAGAAAGACAAAAGUAAUUGCAAACAGCAGUGAUAGCGUCCAGUUCUUCGAUAAUAGUGUUCAGUUCUACUUUGAUGAUAUUGUGCAGUACUUUGACUCACAGCUAAAAGCAAUAGUUAUUAAUGCUGCUGUAAGUAUACAAUUUCUUGAUCUGGGGUUUGAUUCGGAUUGUUUUAAACUACUUCAUGUCUCAUGUACAUCUUUAAAGUAAAUUAAUGUUCACUUUCACUUUGGCUGUGAAAACUUUUUUGUAGGUCUUUAAUUGUGUACAACACUGACUUUCUAAGGAAAUUACAGUUUUGUUCAUCGAAAUUUUAUAAUUUUACCAUUUGGAAUGCCCAUGAUCAAUUUUAGGAAGAAAAAAAAUCAGUAAAAGAAAAACAUUGCUUGUUUUUAUAGCUUUAAAAUUGUCUUUGAAAUUAAUGUUCAAAAUUCUACUGCCUGUGAAAACUGAUUUCUUUUAGUCCCUGACCUAAACAUUUGAAUGUAGUAGACGGUUGUCUCAUCUCCGGUGCCUUAAAAUAACUGGAGGUCAAAGUUGCAAUAAUGAAAUAUAUGUUGCUAAGCAUGUGUUUGUAAAUAAACUUCUUGGAGUGAAGUCACUUCCUACUUCUUAACUUAUGAAACUAAGUAUUCCCAUGCCUGGUUCAUAUAUCAAGUUUGGUUUAUUCUACAAACCAAUGAAACUCCAUGUUUUCAAUGAAAUAUAAAUUAUUAUGAGCUGUCUCUCUAGAUAUAUAUCUUUAUUCAUUGAACACUGGAUUGUUAUACAUAACAAAAAGUUAACGUUCUUUUUCUGUUUAUUUGUGCAUAAAAAGACUGGACUAUAUACACUUUUUUUUGUGAUGACUUAUUGUACAGAAUUGCUCACUUCUGCCUGUAGAAUGCUAAGGUUAUGUGUUACCUAUAUAUAUACAUAGAUGUUAGCCAGUUAUUUGGUAAUAUAUGUAAAAAGUAUAAUAUAUAUAUUUAUAUAUAUAUAUAUUUACCAUCUUUUCUUGCUUACAUAUAGUUCAAUAUGUCUAUGUACAGUACUAUUUAUAUUAAAACUAUCCAGUUGAAUAAGUUGAUGUACUUUGUAUAUUAAACCUUGUACUAACAGAUCUAGUUCAAUGUGUCCAAGUACCAUCUAAUAUUUAAAGCAUGUAUUGACAGAUCUAGUUCAGUUAUGUCCAAGUACCAUGUACUAUUUAAAACCGUUGAUUGACUCAAGGACCACAUCAGUGUACUGCUGUACUCAUAACUGUGUUUCUUUUGUUCACACUCUUUUAUUUUGUAGGCUUAUUGCUCUCUAAUUCAUUGAACUGGUUUCUAGACUUGUGUUCAUUGAUCCCAUUUAGUCCUCUACUCUUAUUGGUGGGGGCAGUGCUCUUCAGUCUCUUGAGGUAGAUUUGGCUCUAAAUCUCUGUAGUAUGGUUUUAUAAUAUGGAUGCAUUAUGUUCAAUUAGAUUAUAUUAAUUCUUAAACCCUUUUCAUAAUAUAAGCUCUUUCUGGCUGGUUCUAUGAAAUAUUGAAAUAUGAUUUUAAAACAAUGCUUUAUAGCUUAUCAGUUUUGAAAUCACUGGUUCAGCGUGAUUAGGUUGAUGCUCAUAUUCAAUUUUAUACUUGAUACAAUUGUAUUUACCAUUACAUUUGUGAUACUAUGAGUGGCUUUAUAGGAUUACCAUGUUGAUAACUUUUGUUGAUUUUUUGAUGGAAUGGUUUUGUGGUAAGCUCAUUUUUUUUUAACUUUUUUUUUUCAAAUUAUUUAUUGGGUUGUUUAUUUACAAAAAUAUUCUUGGCUCAAAGAUUAACUUAGUGUUUCAAGUCUGCAUUUUUAGAAUGAAGUUGUGAAGUGUUUCAGUGCUACAUUGUAAAAUAAGAUUGGAAAUUUGUUUAAAUUUGUAAGAUAUUGUUCUCCCAACUUCUGAGCAUUCUAGUAUUCUACAAAUUCAUAAAAAUGAGUACUUACAAAUACAAAUGUUGUAUGUUAAUCUUUCUAUUUGUAUCUCUGCAUUUAGUUUUGUAUUAUUCAUAUUAAUUUGUUGUUAAGUUUGAUUUUUUUAAAAUGAAAUAUCAUCAAGAUACAGCAUGAUACCAAAUCUAUUAAAAUCUAAUAGUCUCUUAAUGUAUUCAUCAUCCCAUAUUUAUUUCUUAACAUUUGGGUGCUUCACACAUGAUCACCUUGUAGACAUGUACUUAACAUCAAUAAAUGAGAACACAAGUGAAGAGUUCUUUAGCAAGGUCACUUCUGUCACAGUGCCAUACUCAUCAUUACAUCAACCCUCAGUCCAAGGGAAAUGACAUUAAUCUUUGUAUAGCAUCACAUUCACCAUUAUCUAAUUUCUGUGUUAUUAUUUAUAUAUAUAGUUAUAUGUAUCUUAUAGUAGCUUAAUUAUAAACAUUCACAUAUUUUAGUUAAAUACAUUUAUAAUAUAAAGAUUAAAUAAUAUCAUAAUACUUAGUGGAUGUAGCUGUGCUAACAUAAACAUUUUAAAAAGUUCAAGACUCAUCCACCGUAAGAGAUUUUAAUUUUCUUAUAUCUGAGUCAUAUUUUCUGUCAGAGGCGCAAUGGCUUGAUUACUGACUGAGGUUCUGGGUUUGAAUCCUGUUGAAGACUGGAAUUUGUACUUUCUGGAUCUUUAGGGUGCCUCUGAGUUCACCCAGCUGAAAUGGGUAUCUGACCUUACUUGGGGAAAGUAAAAGGCAGUUUGUCGUUGUGCUAGCCACAUGACACCCUCGUUAGCCGUGGGCCAUAGAAACAGAUGACCUUUACAUCAUCUGCCCCAUAGAUCACAAAGUUUGAAAGGGAAACUUUAUUUUACGUUUAUACUUUCUGUCCCCUCAUCUGUCCCUUUUGUCGUUAGAGUGUUGUGUGACAAAAAUUCAUGUAACCAAUUCUCACCACUUUUCCUGGCCAAAAGCUGUUCUUAAGAUUCUCUAGAGACAGGAUAUAAACAAAAUCAUGUGAGUAGUUGUAGAUGAAACUUGCAUCAGUCACAUUCGACAAGGAAGAAUCUUUAAUGCUUGACCCAUAAGGAUGGCAUUUUUUGUUAUUUUUUGUUUUUUCUGAUUGGUUGUAAAUACUUUUUACCUUUGUUUUUUUAAGAGUUUAAUAGUUGAAGCAUUUUUGUUAAAUUUAUAUCCCAAGUUUUUUUUUUAUUUUUCUUGUUUGUGAAUUUUUCAAGACUUAGUUUCUACAUUAGAACACAUCACUACAUACCAGUUUUAGUUUAGCUAAUCUCAUUUUGCACAUUUAUUCACAGAAAAUUUUACUUCCAUACAAGUUUUCCUUCAGAAUAAGCUGUUCCCUGCCCCCAAGAACAUUUUAGUUUUUUUUUUCUAUUAUAACUUCAGGUUAUGGAUUGACAAAGAAAAAUUCUCCUAUCUUUGUGAAUUAAUUUUUGUUGCCCUUGAGUAGAUAUUAUAUCCAUUGAGAUCUGUCUAGAAUAGUCUAGAUCAAGAACGAUCCCUUUCUAAGCUUAAAAAAAUGUAAACUUUAUUUUAGCUUUUUUUGCUGCCACAUGAUCAGGUCAAUUGUUUUGUUUGGCUUAACUAAGAUUGUGAAAAUGACACACAUUGACAGUUCAAGAGCUAAUGUAUAUCAUUAAAUUUAUUUAAUAGUAUAUUUGUUUUCCAAAUAGUCAAACAGUCAUUUCUGUUUACUUUAGGAGUUAUAACUUUUAUGGCACUAUAGUGUCCUGUUUUGUGACACAAGAAUAAUAAUUAUUAUUCCAAUCAUUUUAGCUCAAAUAUUUAUGACAAUAUUAAAGUUACCGAGGGUUAUAAUACAGCACAGCAGCAAACGUUUUUGGAAUGUGAUUUAAUCAUUAUACUAGGUAUAAUAACUGUAUAACUUACCUUGCCUUUCAACCAAAGAUGGGACAAUAAAAGAUUGUUAGGCAUAGUAAUAUUUUGAUUCUACUUUCAUAUUAUUUAAAAUUUUGAUUGGUAUCUGUUUAGCUUCAUUGCUCAAUCCUUCAUCAUUGUUUUUUUAACGGAUAUUAAGUUAUGAACUAAUUUUGACGCAAAUAUAUGAAAAAAUAUUUCUGAAAGGGCUACAGUUUUUAAAACAGUUUCGACAAACGUUGGAUGACAUUGGUCUUGCGAAAACAUUACAGAGAUUACCAAUUGGCUCAAUACUCAGUUCAUUUCAUUCUUUCAUAACGGCUGAUCACAGAGUUCAAUGUUGACUUUUAAUGAUAGCCUGUCAUCAGCCUCAGCUGUUUGAUGGCACCUUUCUGUCUAGUCAAACAUUCCAUAGUAAUGAGCCAAAAAUUUUUUUUUUUUUAUUUGGCACUUUAUUUUGUUUAACUUCAAAUUUGAUCUAAUAUAUUACUACUGUGACAUUUUUUAAGUGUGCCCUUUUAUAUUUAUAUAUAGAUAUUUAUAUCCUUUAUUUAGGAGGGGGCUGGGGUCAAGAGAAUUGUUUAAAAAAAUUAAACCUUUUUUUUUUUUACAUCCACACAGCUCAUUGUAUUUAUAAAAAAGUCUUGAAUAAUAAUAAUCUUGAUUUGUUGUUGAUGUUAGCUUUUAGAAGCCACUCUACAUUGUACAUACUUAUUUUUCUAUUUUAAACCAUGCCAGUUAAACAGUUUGAAAUAAAUGGUUUGACUCUUAACCAAAUAAGAAACAA